CCCCCCGCCACACUCAACCCCACUAAAAGCCGCUGCACGUCCAAAGUUUCCCACCAGCCGGAUACGAGAUCCUGCUGGACCCUUGCUUCGUUACGUAGGGAUCGUCAUCAAUCGCUUUUUCCGGGCAGGCAGCCCAUCGCCGCAGCUGUGGGGGGCUUGAAAAGGGAACGUCGCAAUAUAAGACCACCAUCCGAGCGCCGAGUUGAGUGGUGCUUUUGGUAUCAUCAUACUUUUCGACUUCUCAUCUGCUGAUACCCAGUUAACAAGCAGUCGGGUCACCUUGAGCAAUAAGAAAUAAUAUUCGACUCUUAGAACACACCACACCCAAGAUCCCACCAGCGAUGCAUCCCUCCGCCACCUCCUCCCUCCUCCUGGCGCUACUCCCUCUCGCCACCGCCGGCCCCAUCACCCUCUCCCCCGUCGCCGCCAGGGACUAUCCCACAGGCUGCACCGACUCGUCGUUCGGCGACUUCAGCUGGGAGGUCGAGGGCUUCGACUACCACGCGUCGUACAUCUUCACGACGCCGGCGCACCAGAACUCGUGGGGCUACGCCAGCUUCAACCUCUCCAACCCGGCCCUGCCCUACCGCGCCGCCUGCAGCGCCACCAGCAACCAGCUCAGCGACUUCUUCUACGGGAACCUGUGGUACAACUGCUCCGUUCCCGACGGCGCUGACGGCGGCGGCGACGCCACCUUUGCCUUCAACCGCGCCUCGGGGCAGCUGGACGUCAACCAGACAUGGUCGUGCGAUGACCAGGACCCGCAGUACCCCAUCACCUUCUGGGCCGCGGGCACCGUGAACCUGACGCUCGAGUGCACCGACACGACAUGGCAGAACCCCAACUGGACGAUGGGGGACAUCUACUCGGACAGGACCGUCAAGUGCGCGCCUGUGGACCUUCCCCUCAAGCCGUACGAAAUCACUGCUGUGGCGUGAGAUGGAGGCGGAGAUUUGAUCAAUGGAUUCAUCCACGGAGUUAUGUUACAUACGAUAUUAGACAGCGAUACCAUACCUGA